AUGCGGGAAGAGCUGGAGCACCUGAACCAGGCCAGUGAGGAGAUCAAUCAGGUGGAGCUACAGCUAGACGAAGCCAGAACUACCUACCGCAGGAUCCUGCAGGAAUCGGCCAGGAAGCUCAACACUCAGGGCUCCCACCUGGGCAGCUGCAUCGAGAAGGCCCGGCCCUACUACGAGGCCCGGCGGCUGGCCAAGGAGGCCCAGCAGGAGACACAGAAGGCUGCUCUGCGGUACGAGCGGGCCGUGAGCAUGCACAAUGCCGCCCGGGAGAUGGUGUUUGUGGCUGAACAGGGUGUCAUGGCCGACAAGAACCGGCUAGACCCCACCUGGCAGGAGAUGCUCAACCACGCGACCUGCAAGGUGAACGAGGCGGAGGAGGAGCGGCUCCGAGGAGAGCGGGAGCACCAGCGAGUGACCCGGCUGUGCCAGCAGGCCGAGGCCCGCGUCCAGUCCCUGCAGAAGACCCUCCGGCGGGCCAUCGGCAAGAGCCGCCCCUACUUUGAGCUCAAGGCCCAGUUCAGCCAAAUCCUGGAGGAGCACAAGGCCAAGGUGACGGAGCUGGAGCAGCAGGUGGCUCAGGCCAAGACUCGCUACUCCGUGGCCCUGCGGAACCUGGAGCAGAUCAGCGAGCAGAUCCACGCUCGCCGCCGGGGGCUGCCCCCCCACGCCCCGGGCCCCCGGCGCUCCUCCCCCGUGGGCGCCGAGGACGGGGAGUGCGGGACGGAGGGGGCUGAGGGCGGGGGGCUGGAGGAGGGGGGGGGUCUGGGGCCCGGCCCCACCCCCGAUGUGGACACGCUGAGCCUGCUGAGCCUGCGCACGGUCGCCUCUGACCUGCAGAAGUGUGACUCUGUGGAGCACUUGAGAGGCCUCUCAGACCACGCCAGCCUGGACGGCCAGGAGCUGGGCCCGCAGAGCCGGGGCCGCCGGGGCAGCGACGGAGGGGCCCGGGGGGGCCGUCACCAGCGCAGCGUCAGCCUGUAGCCAGCACCGGGCCAGGACUGGUGGCAUCACCCUCCGAACGUGGGCCCCCCAGGCCCCGAGCCCCGCCUCCGGGGUCUCCCCCAAGGUCCUUAUCGGCAGUGCUUCCCAGGAGAGUCCGCUGUGUCCAGUGCUCCAGCGCCUCGUGGUCUCCAUCUCCCCUCACGCAUCCACCAAGAGGCAGCUCUCUCUUGGCCUUACUCGUUCUGAAGGCUUGCUCUCUGGCCUGCCCAUCUCCUCGUCUGUGCUGCCGCUUCUGUCGGAUAACGCCCUGCUUCCCUCUCUCUGUGUGAGCUCCAGCUGUCCGGCUCUUCCCCUCAGGGAACUUGAUAUAGGGGACACAGGAAGCUUUUCGGAGAAAAUGAGUCCUCUGACCUGACUGGACGGACAGGCUUCCCCCUGCUGCCCCCUGACCCUGGCCCUACCCCAGGCAGCUCCCAGGGUGCCCUAGGAAUGCUGCUGAGGCCUGUGGCUCUGCCUG